GUCCGAAGUGGUACCAACAAUACGAAGCUCCGGUAUCCUUCUCCCGGCCAAUAUCGUCUCCACAAUCGCACGAUUCGCCCACACUCGGAGGUAGUGCUAGCUCUCCCUCGGAUGGAGAGCCACUUCAACGUCCCGAAGGCCGGGACAAGCAAAAGGCCAAAAGAAGUGGAAAGGCAAAGGUGUCUAAGUUAGAUCCAAUGAUGACGCAAUGUUUACAAGAAAUGAUUGAGCAAGGCAGAGAACAAGCUUCAAGAAGAGCUAAGCGUGAUGAGCUUCAACACAAAGCCGUAGAGUCGGAGAUUACGAGAAACCAGUAUGACUUACUAGCUGCGGACCUUUCAAAGUUUUCACCGAGGAAGCAAAGGUGGAUUAAGCAAAAACAAGAUGAAAUAAUGGGGUAUUCUCAAAAUUCCUCAAGUGAUGUUCCCGACACUCCUGCAGAAGAAGUGUACCGUCCCCACUUUGAUUUCUAGUUAUUAUGUUUUGUUGUUUUUAUUUUGUAUUGUGUUGUAAGUUGAAUUUCACAUAUGUUUCACUUUUAAAUUCCAUGUUUUGUUAUUUUAAUUUAUUCAAUGUGUUAUUAUUUUAAUUAUGUGUGCUUAUUUAAUGUUCACGUUUAUUUUUAUUUAAAUUAAAUUUAUUUUAGUGACUUAUAAGUUUGUCACAUUAUUAAGUAAUAUUCUAAAAAGAUAGAAGUAAUUUACACAAACGCGAAUAUUUUAUUAAGACACAUAAAAGUUCCAGAAAUACAUAAAGUUUUUCGGAAAAACAUAAACAGUACAACUACAAAGUUAACACUAGUAAAUGAAAUACAUGAAACACAACUAGAUUAAGAAAACACAUAAAUAUUUAGGGGAAGCAAAUAAACUACAUUCCAUUUCCAUGGUGCAUCCACAGAUGGUUUAUGAGAUCACUUUUAAGCGAUGUGUGCACCGAGGAGUCUCUAAUUCGAUUGUGGCGCAUCAUAUAUUGAAUCAAGGUCGAACCAUCAUGGUUAAGAUCCAAUUCAACAAUACCACCAAUAUAGUCAUAGUCUUCACGAUAGUCUUGUUGGGUUGGUUCUUCAUCAUUCUCUUCAUAUUCAUCUUCCACUAUCAUGUUGUGCAGUAUAAUGCAUGACAGCAUUAUAUCACCUAAUGUGCGUAUGUCGUGCAACCGUGCAGGACCUCGCACAAUAGCCCACCUAGCUUGUAAAAUUCCAAAUGCUCUUUCAACAUCCUUACGAAAAGCCUCUUGCAUUGAAGCAAAAAGUUUUUUCUUAGGAGUGUCUGGAUGACUUAUUGUCUUAACAAAAGUUCCCCAACUUGGGUAAAUCCCAUCAGCUAAAUAAUAACAUUGAUUAUAUAGCUUACCAUCCACGCGGAAUUGUACCUGAGGGGCAGAUCCAUUUACAACAGCAUCAAAGACUGGAAAGCUUGCAAGAGUGUUGAGGUCAUUGUUGGAACCGGCUGUGCCAAAAAAUGCAUGCCACAUAUGAGUAUCAUAAGAAGCAACUGCUUCGAGCACAACUGUUGGUUUUCUUUUGUACCCGGUGUACUGGCCGGCCCAAGAUGUAGGACUGUUUUUCCACUCCCAGUGCAUGCAAUCAAUGGACCCAAUCAUCCCGGGAAAGACUCUUUUCGAGGCCUUUUGAAGAAGACGAUGCAGAUCCCCGGGGUUAGGGAUUCGUAGGUACCAAGAACCAUACACACUAAUAACUGCCCUACAAAAUUUUUUCAUGCACAAAAGUGUAGUUGUCUCACUCAAACGACAUAACUGAUCUAAUGAAUCAGCCGAGCAACCAUUGGCGAGCAUAAAUAUCGCACUAGUGAGUUUUUGAUUAGGAGAAAGAGAUACCUUGUUUGCUGCAUCUACUGUACUUACAAAAUAGGGAUCGAAAGCCAUGACAUCUUUCAUGAUUCGAUCAAAUAGAGCCGGUUGCAUGCGAUAACGACGACGGAAGAUACGUGCAUUGUAGGUGGGAUUUGGAUUCCAGUAAUCAUCCAUCAACAAACGGUGUCCAGCUUCCCGACCACGGUCUAUGUAAUCACGACUACUAUUGGAGCUUGUUGCAACCAAAGAAGCCAUCAAAGCCAUGCGCAUGCGGUCGGAAUAAGCUUCUUCAUCUUCAUCUUCAUUAAUGGAUUUGUAAAAUGCGGGAAAAGAACUCAAGAUGUUUUUGGCCUUGUUGAAAAUGGGAGAAGUAAAG